AUGUCCUGGGAAGGCACUUUUGACCUCGAUCCCAAUAUAUUUGGCUCUGGUACUCGCAUUAGCCACGUCUCAUUCUCCAACUCGACCGAUGAUAUCUUGCAGCCAGGAUUCGUUCGAUAUGGAAACGACACACUCUCACCAAACAUUCCUGAAUUGGAGGAGGAAUCUUCCAGUCUCGACAAACGUGCCGCUAUUAAAUAA